AUGUCGCGAACACUGUCUCCACGGAAGCAUCUCCAACCCGAGACCUCUCAAGAUUCAUGGAGAACCGACAAUCCAUUCGGUCCCCCUCAAGUUUCACGCUCUGUCCCCGGUGGCAUCAAACGACUUCGAAACACCCUAUCCAAACUCUCGCCAUCCGCCUUCGCGGAAAAAGAACUCCUCCGAAAAAAGAACCAAUACAAAAUCCCCUUGACUCGGAGAAACGUCGACACUUUUGUCACAGAACAAGAGUGCAACGAAGCCUACCGACCUAAUCUAAACUCGCCAGAGAUCCAAGUCACUGAAUGGUUACGCCAAGUCUCGGGAUGA